AUGUCUGGUAAGAACGGAGCAAUUAGAUCUGGGGAAAAGAAGACGGUCGAAUGGAGAAGAUCCGCGGACACUUUGAGCCGGAUCACGUUGGAAAAGGGCGUCGAUGGAUUGGUUGAGGAGUAUUUGAAUGCCGAGAAACACGCCCCUUCUUGCACAAUCACCGCUUUCCGAAAGAACAAUGCCUUGGGAAAGAAUCGAUCUCCGGUAAUUAUCGUACCGUAGUAUUAAAGUAUUAUUUGAUGACAAAAUUAUGAUUUUACAGUACGUUGGAUGUUUGGAUGAGACCCGAGUUGUUCUCAACAAUAUGCCCAAUGACUACAUUCAUGCCAAUUAUGUUGGAUUCAGCCAGAAACCUCAUCGAUUUAUCAUUACCCAAGUAAGUUGCCCUUAUUGAAACUACUUUUAAGGCGCCUCUAGAUACAACAAUUGUCGAUUUCUGGGCGAUGAUUGCGCAAGAAAAAUCGGAGGUAAUAGAAUUGGUCUAAUAUUUACAUAAAUUUAAUUAUUUUCAGCAUAUUGUAAUGAUAUGUGAUUUUAUUGAAGAUGGUAAAUCCAAAUGCAGCGAGUACUUUCCUCGAGAAAGAGGUCGCAAAAAAAUUUUUGAGAACUUUGAAAUCACUUGUAUGGCAUCAGAACAAAUAAAAAGUGUAAGAAAAUAAAUAUAUCGGGGGUAAGGUAGUAUACUUAAUUUUAUGACGUAAUCUUGUAAAAUUUUUGAAAAAAAAAUGAUAAAACAAAUUCGUUUUAAAAGUUCCUGUCUCUUUAAUUUUGAAAGAAAUCUCAGAAUGUGAUUUUCGAAUUCAGCGCCGUUGAUAACCCCAACAGUCGGUCUGGUUUCAAAACUAUGAAAGAAUAAAAGAAAAUCUCAAAAAUACACGUAAUUUUCGAAUUCAGCGCCUUUGAUAACCCCACGAGUCGAUCUGUUUCCAAAGCUCUAAAAAAUAUUUUGAAUAUUCAAUAAUCAGAAUAAAAAAUGUAAGCCUUAAAAAAAUUAUUGUAAUUUUCGGAUUCAAUGCGCCGAACUACCUCAAAAUCGACAUUUUUUAACCAUCUCUACUAUUUUUUUCAAAGAUUUUACAAGAUUACGUCAUAAAAUUAAUCAGUAGUUUAAAAAAAUAUAAUUAUUUUAUGCAUGUAUUAUUCUAAUUUUUCAUUAUGGGGGUUUGAAACGGGCAGAACAGUGGGGGUUUGAAUUACCUUUCCUGGGGGGCUGAACUCGGAAGGCCCCAAUAUAUCUUACAGGGGAAGUACCCCCAAAGGCGACAUUCAGAUGAAACAGAUUUAGAGUAAUUCUUUCUAUAAUAUUUACGAGAGGCUCGCGCUUUGCAGAAACAACCGAGAUUCUUAAAUCAGUCGGCGAAAAUUUGUCAAUUUUCGCCGAAUUUGAAUUUCGACAGGAAAAGUUUCCUGGCCGUUUCUAACAUAGAGGGCAAUGUUUCCACAAAAAAUUAAUUUUUCCGCAUGAAACUAGCGAAUUUAUGGCCAAAAGGGGUUUUCUCUCUGAUGCCUCUCCAGUUUUAGCGUACUCUCUCGGCGACAAGGAACGUUCAAUAUCUGGGUCGGAAGCGCGAACUAAGACUUUCAGGAAUCAAUAUUUAGUCGAUGCCCGACGUGUGCGCAAGAGUUGAAUAAAAUCUGAGCGUCGCACUUGGGGUACUUCCCUUUUUAGACGAAUUCAACCAGUGUUGUCAUCUCUAGACUCAAACUGAGUUCUGUCAAUGGAAGUUUUAAUCUGACCCAUUACUUUUUAAACAAUUGGCCUGAUAGGAAAGUUCCGGAUGAUCCAAAAAUACUGAUCAAGAUUAUGAGUAUGAUCAGAGUGUCCAGGUAAAUAUGUUGUAGCUAAAAUUGCGAAAGUGUUUCGUCAUCUUGACUAGUAUGUACUUGCAGAAAUCCGAUCGUUGUUCAUUGUUCAACUGGGAUUGGUCGAUCUGGAACUUUCGUGGGGAUCGAAUUGAUGUUAGAAACAGUGUCCUGUAAUCUCCCCUUGCCUCACCCGAAUCUCUUAGAUUUUCUCAGACGACAAAGAGCUCAUGCCAUCAGUGUAGGAUUCAUAUAAACACAUGGUUAAUGUCGGCCAAUUUCAGACCGAUCUCCAAUAUGUUUUCAUUUUCGAUUUCAUACUUGACUACUUCCGAACAGAACAUAUAAUCUCCCAGUAUGUGAUCACGGGAAUUCAAAAAUUCCAUGAAGAAUUCGAAAACUUGAAGGCAUCAAACAAAGGCCUCAAAUAA